CUGGUGGUGUUCUGGACCCAAACCGUCACCUCCUGCCAAUAUGUCGACCAGGCUACCAAAACUGGUCGCUUUCGAUCUAGACUAUACGCUUUGGGAUUUCUGGGUCGACACUCACGUACAUCCCCCAUUGAGGCGACAUCACGUCACUGGCAAAGUCACCGAUAGCCAGCGCAAUCCCAAGACAAUCGAAUUCUACAGGGAUGUACCACAGAUCAUGCACCGUCUACAAGCAGCAGGCGUGAUGAUUGCUGCAUGCUCACGGACAGAUGCGCCGUCAUUAGCUCGUGAAGCCUUGGAUCUCAUACUUAUACCCCCAAGGACUGGUAGCGACAGCAGCGCGAAACCAAUCCCCGCAAUUAAGUUUUUUGACCAGCUAGAGAUUUACCCUUCUUCCAAGAUUAGGCAUUUCAAGAAACUUCACGAGAAGACUGGGAUACCCUAUGACGAGAUGCUGUUCUUCGACGACGAAUGGAGGAAUCAGGAAGUAGAAGAACUUGGCGUGACGUUCACGCUUGUCUCAAACGGUCUCAAUGACCAAAUUCUAGAGAAAGGGCUAGAGGAAUGGAGAAAGAGGCACCCUGUUCAAGUCAUCGAAGACGUGGUAGGAGCAGAUGGCACUCUUAUCUAAUAGUGUUUCAUCAGGAUAGCGUGAUCGCUGAUAUUUCAAUUGAAUACAUGAUCUCGAUGAGAGAACACUGCC